AUGAAAGGCUUUCCGUGUAUUUGGGGUUGGAAUGUGUCAUCAGAUCAUCAUUUGAUUGAAUCAAAACAAACCAUAUCUAGUUUUGAACGUUUAUCUUGUUUCUACGGUAAUUGGGAUACAUUCGGUUUUACUGUUCAUAUGUCUGAUGAUCAAGAAAUAUUAAUUGAAAAUAUUCCAUCUGUUUUAAAACAAUUACUCACCGCACAUCCACGUAUGAGACCACGUAUACGUAUUGAUUAUCGUCAUCCUCCAUAUAGACGUAUUAGACGAGAAACAGCAUUGUUAGAGACCUAUUCUGCAAAUGAUUCAUUUCUGAAUAAUGAUGAAUUAUUGAAACAAUAUUAUUCUAUUCAUUAUACAGACGACAAUGAAAAUGAAUGGAAGAGAUUGUGUACAGAGGGUUGUAACAGAAAUCCAUAUAUUGAUGAACAAUUAACAAUUAUCUUUCCCUUAUUUCAGUUUCUUUUUCUUUUAAAUGGAAGAUCAGCAUGUACAAUCAUCAAUGAUUAUUUAACAUUAGCUACUACCAAUAAUAAGAAAUUGAACAUCGGGAGUGUUCAACAGCCGUUUCUAGCAGAUAUAACACCAAAAUUAUGGCUAUUCAAUAUUUAUUUUUGGAUGAAAAUAUUUAGUGACUAUAGCUUUAAAAAAGAAGAAAAAAAAUCCACGUUUCCUAUAAAAGAACCAUGUUCAUCGAAUAACACCAAUAAUUAUCCUUAUUAUUUUUUACCAAGUGAAAGUAAAUUUAUUUUUCAAUCUGACACUAAAGAAUCGUAUCAAGCCCUAAAACAGAUCUGUCAAUCUAAACAAUUAACAAUACACGGACCAUUGCAUGCUUGUCUACUAUUAACAAUCCAACAUCAAUUUUUAUUACGAUCUAGUGAUGACGAAUUCAUAGAAACAUUUCCCGUCGGUGUACCCUGUGAUUUACGUAAACAUUUACAAUUACCCAAAUCAAUCGCUGGUUAUUAUGCUAGUUCAGCAACUGUUAAUAUGGGUCGUUUUCCAUUAAGACCUACAAAAUUUUGGUCAUUUGCUACACAAUGCAUAGUACACAGGAUACACGGGGCUGAUCUAGCAGCAAUUUAUCGAACACGCACAUGUAUUGGACUACAAUGCGCUGAACAAAUGAAUGUAACUCUGAUGCAUGAAUUUAUGAAUGAUGACACCGCAACUGCAUUUUUAAAGAAUUAUGUUAAAAUUAUGGAAAGAUGUUCAGUACGAUGA